GGAGGGAGAUGGCGAUGACUUCCUGAAUUCCCGGGUACGAGGAUGAGGAGAUCUCGGUGGAAUUUGUUAUGGGCGAUCUCGCAUCUGCUCGUCUUUCACUUUUCGUCGAGAAUUCUGGCGAUCAGGAAAGAUACAAGCUUCCUUGAGAGGCAGAUAUGUAGAAACACAGUCCAAGGGAGACUAAUGCUUUCCGAUGAUAAUGGUCAUGUUUGUGAUGCUUUUUCCCUAGAUCCACAGACUCGCUGCUGUCCAGAAAAUGGAGAGAAAUUCUCUUGUUAUGGGUGCAAUCUCUUUUCACAAUGUUGCAACUCAUAUGAAUAUUGUGUGUCAUGCUGCCUGAACCCAAGUAGGACUCAGAAGGAUGAAGUGCUCAAAGUAAAAAUAGCCAAGCCUGCUACAGCAGGUACUUACAGUAGCGUAUUUGAUUUCUGCACUGGGAGAUGCCGUCACAAUUCCGAAAGUGUGGUUCAUGAAAAUGCUUAUCUCAGCGAAUUCCAUCAUUGUUUCUCCCUGCCUGCAAAUUCUUCAGGGGCUAGCAGCAAGAGUUUAGAAGCAGGACUGACUGGUAUUAAUGUCAUUGUGGGAAGGCAAGGCGAGUCCUGCGAUUCAGUUUGCAGGUCAAUUGGGCAGUCGUGUGUACCAAAUAAGCUUGCACUUCUGAACCAAUGUGAAAUUAUGCAGAAAUAUCUGAGCUGUAAAGGAGCUUGUUUGGCCAGCAUUGGACCAGAUCAACCUGCUGAAGUUGUUGAUGAUGCGCCUAGACAUCUGAAUCCAGGAGCUUGUUUGUAUACCCAAAGACAAUCAGUACUUUCAUGUGAGGGUUCACAUCGGCAUACUAGGAGACUCUGCCCGUGUGCUUAAUACAAUUUUUUGGAAAUGUGAUGAAUUUUGGAGUUUCAUCCGUGCCGUGCACGGUGUCAAUCUUCCUUGCAGCAACAGGCCUUAUUUUUGAAGGGCUGAGCCCGAUGCCUAGAGUACUGAUUUUUCGGCCGGCUGACACCUCGAGUUAAAAUACUUAGAGUCAGUCAAGAAUCGAGAUUCAAUGGGGUAGCACAUGUUCGUGCAGUUAUAAUUUAGAUCUUCAAUUUUAGUAUUUUUGGAUGUUCUCCACAUUGGAACACUGUUAAGAAGAAAGAUGAGCGUAGGAUAUCUGUGUUUUGUUUUGCAUGCAUAUUUUAUAGCAUUCGCCUGCUUCGUAGAA